AUGGGGUGUAACGGCCUGCCUUACAGCCGGCUCCUUAUUGACCUACCCUGGGCCCCUCGCCUCUUAUCUCAAGGCCAUCUGGUUACGCCUUCUCUUGAAGAGCCUCUCCAACUGUACAACUUUGCCAAUCUCGUUUAUCACCUCGUCAAUACAAGGUAUAAACACCAUGAGGCUCUUCACGCCGGCAUUGCUCGCGUCAACUUUAACUUCAAGGACCGAGUGAGCUUGUACACGGCCGAUGCUCGAUUCGUCGUACAAAGGGAUAUCAUCGUCGCAGGCUCCCUUUAUUUCGAUGCCUGCUUCCGCGGCGGGUUUGCCGAGAGCUACUCCGGAAAGGUCUACUUCAACACCGGCUUCCCCGACCACGACGUGUCGACCGAGGACCUCCUAAGUUACCUCUGGCUCGCCCAUGAGUACUUCUUUACCAAUCUCCUCUCCGGAGAUCCGCCGUGCUUCGAACGAUGCCGCGUCCUGAUCGACAGGACAGCCAGGAAAUACGACGUCGAAGUUCCCUCCCGAACAAUGACCAGUACGGUAGCGACCUUGCGCAUCGUCGACCGAUUUCUUCACGGUCCCUUACUCCCCGUCUGCCGCCGGCUUGUCCUCGAGAACAUGGUCUUCACGCGUCAGCAGUGGUGGAAAACGAAGACGGACUUGCCCGACUUUUCGCACCCAAUUCACGAAUACUUCAUGCGCGACUUUCUCAAGGCGGAUGCCCUGCUGCGACCGGCCUGGGAGUGUGCCUCCAUGAUCCGCGACGCGCUCAUCGAAUCGUUCUUCUAUCUGGUCUGCCAUAACGAGGAGAUGCGCUGGUACCUGAUGCCCAUCAUCCGGGAGGACCCGGAAUUCCAUCGCCACUGGUCCAACUUCAGCCCGCGCCAGGGCCCCUACAAGGUCUGGGGCGGCACCUGGGCCUACUUCCUCACGGACGAGCACCUCACCAUCCAGGACAUCACCGACGCCCUGCACAGGCGGUCCCUGCGCGUCUUCGGCAACCCGGAUGUCGAAUUGAGUACCGUCCAGGAAGCCGCGCGCCAGGCGGCGACCGACGAGCACGUCGCCAGGGCGAUUGCAAGGGUCGAUGAUCUCGUCAGACGGGACGCGGAAGCUAAGAAGAAUCGGAAAAGGAGGGGAAAGGCACCGGACGUCGAGGACAAGGACCGCCAACUCGCGCCGGGUGAUAAGAAUCAUGUCGGACGAGGCCCCGCAACGGCGGAGGGGAGUGAGCAGAAAAAGAAGUGGAAGUGGAAGAAGAAGAAGAAGAAUCAGCAGCCGAGGGAGGAGGGAGAAUACACGGAGAUGAGGCGGUGA